UGCCAGAGCUGAAAGAGGUUUCAGAAAUAAAAUCAAUGUGUUUCUCCAGUUCAGGAGAAAAGGCCCAUCUCACGAGAUGCUUUUGAUGUGAAGUGUUGUCGUGUGGUUCCAGCAAUGUCCUCCGGCUUCUCCAGAAAUGAACCAGCCAGGCGGAGGGGGUCCAAUGAAUGCCUCGGAGGAUCCCAUGAGCUCUUUGGAAGAGGGUGGCUUGGCCGAACAGUUUCUCCGCAUCGAGCGGGAGCAGGUGGUCCGCCUGAAGGACCUCUCCUUCCCCGAGUCCAUCCAGUAUGUUUACAACCCUCUGGAUUAUGCCUGGGAGCCCCACCAGGACUAUGUGCGGAGGUACUGCCAGUCCCGCAAGGAGGUGCUGUUUCUCGGCAUGAACCCGGGGCCUUUUGGCAUGGCCCAGACUGGGGUGCCCUUUGGAGCAGUGCAGCUUGUCCGAGACUGGCUCCAUGUAUGUGGACAGGUGUACAGGCCGGCGUGUGAGCACCCAAAGAGACCUAUUCGGGGUCUGGAGUGCCCCCAGACGGAGGUGAGCGGUGCCCGCUUCUGGGGCUUCUUCCGCUCCGUGUGUGCCAAGCCCGAGGUGUUCUUCCGUCACUGUUUCGUCCACAACCACUGCCCACUGCUGUUUGUCGGUCAAAGUGGGCGCAACUUGACCCCGGCCGACCUGCCAGCUGCACAGCGUGAACAGCUCUUGCAGGUCUGCGAUGACGCACUGUGCGAAGCUGUAAAAGUGCUGGGGGUCUCUAUGGUCAUCGGUGUGGGACGCUUUGCCGAACAGCGAGCCCGCAAGGCCCUCUCGGCUGCUGGGAUUCCAGUGCGGGUAGAGGGGGUCAUGCAUCCAUCCCCUCGCAAUCCCCAGGCUAACAGGGGCUGGGAUGCCAUCAUCAGAGCCAGACUGGAGGAACUCGGUGUGAUGGCUCUCAUCACAGACUGAGCUCCUGACAGAACCAAGAUGCAGGGAAGACGAUGAUGGCCUUUGCCAGAUCUCAACUUGUCCUGGGCGUCGUGGCCUUUGGAAAUGCCAAUAACUUUGGAUGCAUUUUUGGCUUGGGUUCAGAACCUACAAGCAUCUCCUAGUGUCAACACUACUUCCCGUUUUCACUGCCGCUUAACACUACUCUUGCUUGCACUCUUGAGAUGUACCCAUAGUCCACUUCUUCAGAUUCUUCUGAAGCCCAAGGCUGGACUUUUCCUGGGAUUUGGCCUUCAAGCCCAUCCUCUAUAUAUUUUGUGUUUCGGUGCUAAACCUUAUGACCCCUCUUGUACCUGCUGCCUCACUGGAUGUUUAUGGCUCAUGCCAAAUUCUCUCCAUGCUUAAUGUCACAGUAGAUGUCAAAGUUGGUAGGUUGGGUCAAUACUUCACAAGCUGGCUUUUGGCUGGAUCCUUGCUCCUUUGGGGCUACAUGAAACUGCGUCAUAUUGUCAGGCCGUCUUCCCUGGUCCUACAAUAUGAGGUUCUCUGAGCUCUUUCAAACUGGCAGUAAGAGCUUUAAGCUACAAUAUGGCAGCAUUUUUGAUACUUUGACCCCACCCCUUUCCAUUAAGCCCCACCCCUUUGCAUUUGGUUCUCAUCUACCACUGGACUGUGAAGCCCCCCCCACCCCCAAGUUUCUCUGAAAUUGAAUUUUGCCCUCGGGCUGAAAAAGGUUCUGUACCUCUGGGCUCUGGGGAAGCUUCACCUUCCUUCACCUCUGCACCUCCAUUGCUCUGAAUAUCAGUCCCUCCUCACCCCUCGACCUGUGAGUCAUUGGGGCAGACCUUGGUUUAAACCAGGGGUAGGCAACCCGGUCCCCUCCAUAUGUUUUGGACUACAGCUCCCAUAAUCCCUUACCUUUGGCCCAUGCUGGUUGGGGCUUAUGAGAGUUGUAGUCCAAAACAUAUUAAGAGCACAAGGCUGCCUGGUGUUGACAUUUGCUUUUAAAAAAUGACCUACUGCCAUCAUAUUUAGCUCGCACGGUAUCUCACAGGGAUGGGAAAGACCUUUUACUUUGCUUCAGACCUGGGGAGCCACGGCCAGUUGGAACAGACAGCACUGGAUUAAUAGGCCACAAUAAAGCAGCUUCAUCUGUUCCAAAGACAUAGCUGCUGUUAAAUUCUAGAUACUUCAAUUGAAGCUACUUUAAUUACAUUUUUUAAUUGAGCAUUUUUUUGGCUUCAUCAUUUUGUCUUGUUUUCCUACCUUUUUGUCAACUUUGAUCAUGGAAAAACGAACACACACACAAACUUUAAAGUUGGGUCCUAUUCUUCCAAUUUGUAUCUGAAGCUAGCAGAUAUUUUGAACCAGGUAGAAAGCAAGUAUGACUUCCUUUAUAGGAAUACGAAUCACAGCCAAGCCACAGUUUUAAGAGACAGUUCUCCCUUGAAAUCAGUGCCUGGAUCUUCUAUGGGACCGAUUAAAUUUGUUCAUUAUUUUAAAAAUCUGUUUUGCUUCUGGUGUAUUCCGAUGAGAGAAAAUAUUGGUGUGUAAAGGAAUAUUCUGCAUUCCAUAUGAUGGAAAAGGAAGAUAUCAAAGAAAUCUUUUCCUUUGAACACUGAGUGAUAUUUGUAUAAUUAAAUUCUAAGUUAUCACACACUCAAGAAAAAUGAUGUCCAUCCUUUAUUAUUCUCACAAAUAUACCAAGGGAUUGAUA